CGGAACACGUGUUUCCCGGGGACAAUAGUGAACUGUGCACAUUCGCUCCGCCAAGCCACGGAACAAAAAGUCACAUUUAAGAGUCGCUGGUGCAACAAUUGGAAUAAUAUAUUUGACUCUACCUUAGUGCAAGCAACUAAUGAGACGUCCAACAGAUGAACGGUCGUCAAGAAGAAGGUCCCCCUCAGCAGCAGGGGGUGAGUUCCUCUUCGAGGGAGGAGGAUCCGCAGCUCCCCCACAUUAAAGAAGAAGAGGAGGAUCUCCGGCUUACUCAGGAGGAAGAGUGUCUUCUAGGGCAGGAGGAGGCUGAUCUCACCAACUUUCCACUGACUGUUGUCUCUGUGAAGACUGAAGAGCAUGAAGACAAACCACCUGAGUCCUCACAGCUUCAUCACAGUCCAAACGUCAGGGAAGAACAUCCUUUCCCUGAUCAACAGGAGUGGAGCGUCAGGGUGGUGAAGGAGGAGCCACACUCCUUCCACAUUAAAGAGGAAGGCGAGGCGCCACAGACCCCUCACUUCAAAAAGGAAGAGGAGGACUCAUUGACCCUCCGUGUUAAAGAUGAAGAGGAGGAACACAGCAUCAGUCAGGAGGGAGAGCAUCUUGAAUGGUUGGAGGAGUUCCCAGUGAUUGGUGUCCAUGUGAAGAGUGAAGAUGAUGAGGUCAAAGGUGAGAGUGAGGAGAAGAGAGAGGCGGAGCCUCCAAGCAGCAGCUCAACUCAACACAUGACAACAGAAGCUGAUGGAGACCACUGUGGAGGAUCACAAGCAGACAAGCUCUUAGCUCCACUAUCAGAUAGUGAGGACACAACAUCACACUCUCCUGACACUGAUGAUGAAGACUCUAAAGAUGAUAAGACAUGUCACACUGACAACACACACCUGACGUGUUCUCACUGCGACAAAACGUUUAGUUUCGGUUGGCAUCUGAAAGUACACAUGAGAACACACGCUGGAGAAACCCCUGUUACCUGUUCAAUCUGUGGGAAAGAGUUUGGACGAAGACAACAUUUGAAAAUACACAUGAGAAUACACACUGGUGAAAAACCCUUUUCCUGUUCAAGCUGCAACAAAGGCUUCGGCGACCGAUCAUCACUUGGCGUACACAUGAGGAUACACACUGGGGAAAAACCUUUUUCCUGCUCAGUCUGCGGUAAAGCCUUUGCACAAAAGGGUGAUAUGAUAAAACACGUGAGAACGCACACUGGUGAAAAACCAUAUUCCUGUUCGAGCUGCAACAAAAGCUUUGGCGACCAGUCAUCACUUGUUAAACACUCGAGAAGACACACUGGGGAAAAACCUUUUUUCUGUUCAUUUUGCAAGAAAAGUUUCGCACAAAGUCAACAUUUGAAAAAACACAUGAGAACACACACUGGUGAGAAAGUGUUGAGUUGCAGUGUUUGAGAUGAAAGAUUCUCUUCUAAGUAAAAGUGUAAGAAAUACAAGUGUGCUGGUGAAAACAGCUGCAGGAUUUGAAAUAAACUGUCAAAACUUGUGUGUGACAUCAUUGUUGUGUGUGUAACACAACCUUGUUAAAGGGGAACAUUAUCACCAGACCUAUGUAAGCGUUAAUAUAUACCUUGAUGUUGCAGAAAAAAGACCAUAUAUUUUUUUAACCGAUUUCCGAACUCUAAAUGGGUGAAUUUUGGCGAAUUAAACGCCUUUUUAAUAUUCGCGAUGACGUCACAUGGUGGCGUCACAUCGGGAAGCAAACCGCCAUUUUCUCAAACACCGAAUCAAAUCAGCUCUGUU